AGAAUUAUAUACGUAGCUUUUCUCGCUCAUAUUAUGAAGCCCGGCAUAAAUCUGCGCAGAAUUUCGCACAGCUGAAUCACUCGAACACUCCCGGCUAUGUAACGCUGUAGGUGAUUACGUGCUUAAAAGUAUCUCUUAUAUUUCUUCUUUUAAUCGCUUUGUUCUGCGAAGGAUUCAUGCAAGGCUAUAUUGACUGUCACUGUCAUAUCUCUGCAGGAGAUUUUGAUGGUGACAUUGACAGUGUUGUUGAGCAAUCAAAAAAGGCUGGAGUUCUGGCUCUUGUUGCAGUAGCAGAGCAUGCUGGGGAGUUUGAGAAAGUUAUCCAGCUUUCACAGAGGUUUCCUAGAUUUAUUUUUCCUUGCCUUGGAGUUCACCCUGUUCAAGGAGAUCCAGCACAACCCAGAGGGGCAUUACCAGAGGAUUUAGAUUCUGCAUUACCCUUAAUUGAAAAAUAUAAAGAGCACAUUGUGGCCAUUGGUGAGGUUGGCCUUGAUUUCACACCACGGAUAGUCAAUACUGAGGCAGGGAAAGAACUACAGAGACAAGUACUCAUUCGUCAAGUAGAGAUUGCAAAGCAACUAAAUCUACCUGUAAAUGUCCACUCAAGAUCUGCUGGAAGACCAACCAUCCACCUCUUAAAGGAGCUAGGUGUAGAAAACGCUCUUCUUCAUGCAUUUGAUGGAAAACCCUCAGUUGCAAUGGAAGGUGUACGUGCAGGCUACUUCUUUUCUAUACCACCAUCAGUUGUAAGAAGUGAACAGAAGCAGAAACUUGUGAAACAGUUGCCACUAGAAAACAUAUGUCUGGAGACGGAUUCACCAGCUCUUGGACCUGAAAAGCAGGUAAGGAAUGAACCAAAGAAUAUCACCAUUAGUGCAGACUAUAUUGCCAAAACCAAAGGCAUCCCUGUGGAAAAGGUCAUCGAAGUCACCACACUCAAUGCUCUUCGUCUUUUCCCCAAGCUGAAGACAUUUAUCAGUCAUUUAUGACCGUGAUGACAAGGACUCUACAAAUAAUCAAGAUUAAUUUAAUACAGUGCACUCUGUAUGGAAAUCAACAGUGACACAAUGUUUUGUUGUUUUGGCUUUCAGUGCAAUUUUAACUGAAACAUUAUCUAAGAAGUUAAAUGGUAGGGUGCUGGAUUUAAUGUACUGUCCCACAGCCUGGAAAGCUAAUCAUAACCUUAGGUGAUUUUUUUUUUUUUUCAGGUGAAAUAAAAUACACUGCCAUGCAAAAGCUAAACAAAAUAAUGCAUUCAGACUGCAAUUGGGUUGUGUUAAAUAAAUAAUGAUUGAUUUGUGCACAGACAGUGGGAGAAUAAAAACUAAUAUAAGUUGUGUAGCAUCUGGUUUAAACAAAAAUAAGACCUAGUGUUAUUGUAAAUAUAAUUCAUUAGAAAUAAAACAAUAAAAAAAGAGAAAAAACAUGGAUACACCAGAAUUAUGUGAACGUGCUACAUGUUUUGUUUUUUUUCGCUUAUGUACUCCAGAC